AUGGAAGAUAAUUUGGCCAAGUCAUUUUGGUAUUCUCCGGAGGUGGGAUUUUCUUAUUCAAAUUCGAUAGGUAGAUCGGGAGGUUUGCUCAUCUUAUGGAAUGACAAAGUUGAGGUUGUUAAUAGUUUUAAAGGAGAGGGCUAUUUAGGAAUUAAAGCCUUUUGGGAGAAUAACUUUUACUAUGUGAUUAAUGUGUAUUCGCCUUGUCUUUUGAUUAAAAAGAUUGAGUUAUGGAAGAAGUUGCUUGAGUUAAAGGAGGCUUUUAAGGAUGGGGAAUGGAUAAUGGGUGGGGAUUUCAACGCGAUAACUAACGUUAGAGAAAGGAAGGGUCGAGGGAUGUACGUGAAAAAAAGAGAUAUGGAACUUUUUUCGAAGUUUAUUGAUAGAAGUGCGUUGGUGGACAUUCCUUGCAAAGGAAAAAAGUAUUCUUGGUUUAGCAGGGACGGGAAGUCGAUGAGUAGAAUCGAUCGCUUUAUCGUCUCUAAUGAAGUGGUGUCUAGAUGGGAGGUUAUGGGCCAACUCAUUGGUGAUAGGGAUAUUUCGGAUCAUUGUCCAAUAUGGAUUUUGAAGGACCAAAGGAAUUGGGGCCCAAAACCAUUUAAAUUCAACAAUGAAUGGUUUAGCUUCGAUUCUUUUAUUCCUUUUGUGGAGAAAGAAUGA